AUGCUGCCAGUAGUGGGUGCUUAUCUACAUUGGAGAAAAGGCACCAGUUAUCUGGGCCACUUAUUUAGAUCGAAAAAAUGGAAAUUGUCAAACUUAAGACCCUGGGCCGAGCUGGGCGCCGGGCGGCCCGGGCCGCGCGUGGUGCGGGUGCCCGCCAACCUGGGCGCCGAGGCCGGCCUGCAGCGGCUCCUCGACGCCGUGCGUGCGCUGCCCAGGCCCGAGGGGCUGCAGCGGGUGCUGCUGAUCAACAAUGCAGGCACGCUUGGGGAUGUGUACAAAGGCUUCGUCAACCUGGCUGAUGCUGCUGAAAUGAACAGCUACUGGGCUCUGAACUUAACCUCCAUGCUCUGCCUGACUUCCUGCAUCCUGAGGGCCUUCCCGGACAGUCCUGGCCUCAGCAGGACUGUGGUUAACAUCUCUUCCCUCUGUGCUCUGCAGCCCUUCAAGGGCUGGACGCUGUACUGUGUGGGGAAGGCUGCCCGUGAGAUGAUGUUCAAGGUGCUGGCCUCAGAGGAGCCUGGUGUGAGGGUGCUGAGCUAUGCUCCAGGGCCCCUGGACACAGACAUGCAGCAGGUGGCCCGGGAGACCUCUGUGGACCCAGACUUGCGGAAAUGGCUGCAGGAGCUGAAGACAAAGGGGGAGCUGGUGGAUUGUAAGAUGUCGGCCCAGAAACUGCUAAACUUGCUUCAGAAAGAUAUGUUCAAGUCUGGAGCCCAUGUUGACUUCUUUGAUAAAUAAGCCCCUAUCCUUGGUUUCCUGGGGCUCUCUUCCCCCUCUUUCGGGCACACCCAGAAGCCCUGUGCCUCCUCACAUCUUGCCACAAUGGCACCACCAACUCUGCUAUACACAGAUAAGCACUCAUGCCUACUGUCCUGCUCUCAGACCCAGCCAGCUGUGAGGUCACUGGGGCACUCCGUUCUUAGGAGUCUGUGUUGAGCACCCUGAGUUAGGGGGAGGCUUAUGGGAGUUAGGUGAGAGAAGUGAUGGGCAUUGGUGUUCUCUCUCCAGGAAUAGAAUCUCAAGGAUGGCAAUAGUAGGACAAGAAGUUGAAACACUGAAGAGAAGGGGUUGGUUCUCCUUCCAUGGCCAGUCCAUGGGGGAAGGAGGGGAAGCUGCUUCAAGGAGGAGGGCCCAGUAGAUUCACAGAUGGGCUGGCGGGAAGGGAGGACAGCCAAGUUUCAGCCUAUCUGGAUGCCCUUUACUCAGGGUAACAGGACCUUCUAUUGAACUUCAAAACCUCAUUCUUAUACCUUCUCCCUCCAGAACCUACUGUUUGUUCCCCAGAUGGGGGGUGGGGAGCUGAGAGUUUUUGUACAUGUCAAAGGCAGAUACAAAUAAAGUGUGAAUUGUCCUUUAAAAAAAAA